CAGAGUUCUUCAUCCCCAACAACACAUUACUGCCCUUUUAUUGUCAUUUGGUCGAUACUCGGUUGAAUUGUUACUUUGUUAGUCAUCAAUUUAAUUUUUAUAUGUGUGAACUACAAUUCAUUGAAAUGUUCAAAAAAUAAUAAGGGGUCGAUGAGUUAUAUAGAAAAUGGUGGGAAUAAAUAAGCUCACUAUGUUUGUUUACUUCUCAAGUUGACACUAGAUUGCAACAGGUGGAGAGAUCAUUUUUAUUCGUUAAAUAUAUCAAGAACAAUUUUUUCAAACCAGACGAACGUGAGUGGAUGAACAAUGUAUUGGUAACAUAUAUUAAACAUGAUUUGUGUGCUAGUAUGGGCAACAACAACAAAAAAAAGUGUUGUACAUUGCCUUAUAAUAUGAAAUCUCAUCAUUUUUCAUUGUAAGCAACGUGCGUUGAACUGUUAUAUGUAAUCGUACGAAUAUUUAUUUUUAACCUGUAUUUAAUAUUGAGUAUUGUGUUAUUGAAUUUUUUCAUUAUAGUUAGACUUUUCUACGAUUAUAUUUAUUUUUUACUAUAUGAAGCACCCCCUUAACCAAUUUCUGGCUCCGCCACUGCACGCACUCAUCCAACAACACGGGUAUUAGGUACGGAUCAGGUUCUACGCGAAUAAGCUACCCAAAACCAACAAACGGUAAAUUUUAAUAUCCGGUUUAACCAGGUUAGUAGGGCUAAAAAUUGCCCUGACCAGUCCUUGAAGGGUCAAGAUGUAUAACUAACCCGUCCCUGUCUCCUUCUUGACCCUGUCUGACACUCAAGGGAUGGGACGGGUCGGGACAGUGGGUCGACCCUAAUCUACACACUACUUUUUUAUAAAUUACGUUUUGGUACCCAAAAUUAUUUAUUCUUAUAAUUCAGGACCUAAAAUUUAUUUUUUACAAAUAAGUCCUUAAAUUUUGAUGAUAAAAUUACAUUUUGGAACCCAAAAUUUUUUACUUGUGCAAUUAGUACCUAAACUUUUAAACCUUUUACAAAGAGAUCCAAUGUGGUAUGAGAUAUUUGUUGUUGCUAAGGGUCACAGAGUAAAAAAAGACCCGUCCCGACCCUUAUAGAGUCAAAAGCUGACACAUCAUUAAACUGACCCCAUAGACAAACUGACUCGUCCCCAACCUCACAAACGAGACGGGUCAGUAGGUUUUCAGGGUCAAACUUACACCCUACGGGUUGGAUACCCACAGGUUUUGGAUUCCACUACCAUUCGUAAACCUUGUGCCAGUCCACUAAGAUUGGUAGGAAUGUGUUGUCGAUAUUCUUCACUACGACGUCAAAAAAAAAAAAAAAAAGUUCACUUGGGUAAACUUUAUACAAUUUCGUAUCGUCAUUAAAUAAUUUCUAGACGUUCUGAUUACUUGCAUCUCAAGUUUCCAGUCUCAAUCCGUUUCUUCUGUGUGAACAGGUCCAUCCAUUAAAGAAUAGACAAUUAGACAUCAUUAUAAACGAGAUCCUAAGAGGAAACGGAGUCUGAAACUUUUUAAACGGAAAGUUUGGUUGAUGAUCAUAAUUCAUAAAUCAUAAAUCUAUACUUACUAUUAUGGCUAUUCAAAAGUAACUUCUUGCCACAUAAGUACUUGGUGAAUUCACAAGAUGCCAAUGUGGACAAUUUUUUAACAAACAAAAAAUUAUUUAUUGAUCUAUUUAUGGAGCUAUCUAUCUCUUCUUUUAAUACUUCUACUCAUUUUUACUAAAACUUAAAAUAAGGUACAUUUUUUGUGACACAUUUAAACAAACAAACACACAUAAGUAAUAAUCUUUUUUUUCAAUUAAACAAACUAUAAAAAUGAAAAUAGAGAGUGACAAUUUAACCCAAAAUAUCUUAUUAAAUCUCAUUAAGUAAAUUUUCUAUCAUUUUCACUAAAAAUUUAUAAUAAGUUACAUUUUGAUGGGAAAAAACAAGCACACAUAUGAAUAAUAAUAAUUUUUCAAUUAAACAAAAUUUAAACGAUGGCCUAGGAGAAAAUGAGCGUUUGACAAUCAAUCGUUUUUGAAAAAUGAACUACAUGACUAUAUAUUUUUUGUUAUCAAACACUCACUUCUUCCUAAUGAAUAUAAUUAUAAAAUAAAACAAGUAUAAUUUAUAUAGAAAAAGGUCUGAAGAUAAAUUUGACAUAGCAAUAAUUGUUAUUUUUUUAAAACGCUUCUUAUUCAUUCCGUUUAAAUAAAAAACAUAUUAAUUAUGAAUACAACCUUUUAAUAUAUCUCUACCAUUUCCACAUUUUGAUUGUCUCUCUAGAAAUAAAAUCCAACAUUGAAAAUAAGAAAUUAGAUAAAGAAGGAAAUUGUAAUGCAUAUGAAGUUUUUUUUUUAUUCUUUGUAGGAGAAUAGGAGGAGGGAGGUACACGAGGAAACGAUUAGAUGUAAAUUUUUUGAGCAGUUGUAACAUAUAUUUGCCUGUUGAUAAAAGCAGUUCAUCCUAUCAUUACGAAGACGAGGUGAACCAGUGGCGUAGUUAGGAUUUCAUCUAAGGUGGGUCCACUUAGAAGAAAAAUACACCUGGUAAAAUAAUUUUUGUUAACUUUGCGAGUCAUUCAUGACAUAAUCUUAUAUUAGAAAAUUUUUGUUAAGUAAAAUAGAUUAGCUGUCGAAAGUAUCAAGAAUAUUAAAUACCAAACAAUUAUUAAUGAUUUAGUUAGUCGUUAGGUUUCGUAUGAUGUUCUUUAUAAAAAACCAUUAGUAUCUAUACCUCGAGUUGUCAAGAGAUAUUUAAUAAUAAAUCUUACACCAAACAAUAAUUCAUGAUUUGGUUAGUCAUUCUCUUACAAAUGAUGUUAUUUGUCAAGAAUCUUUUUGAAUCGAUAAAUUGAGUUGUUGGAAGAGGUUCAAUAAUAUAUCUUAUACUAUUUACUAGCACGCUCCCUCAUAUAAGAAAGUCAACUUAUAGAAAAAUGAAGUUUGCACAAAUCUGUAUAUCGUGUACUUAACAAAUGAGGUCGCCAAAAUUUCGAACAAAAAAUCUUUCGAUCAACUAUUCUCAAUUAAAUACCCCUAAUUUUCUAUAUAAUUUAACUAUUGUAUCUAAUUGAACAAUUUUCCUUCCGAGUCAGGGUGGGUCCCGGGACCCACCCUGUUAUACUCUCCCUCCGCCACUGAGGUGAACCAAACCGAGGAUUGUCGACUGCUCCCUCUUCCUCCUUGAUCUGAAGCUCGCAACUGCUCACUCUUUUUUCCAUUAUUUUCUUAAUUUCUGCCAAAUUAAAAUUGUUGGAUGGUAAAUUUCCCUACUUGAUGAGCGAAUGUAUUUAUUCUUCGUUUUCACGGAGUUAUUUUAUGUUCUCUAUUACGUCAUAUACUUUUAUGUAAAUAGGUAAUAUAUGAUUAGAAAGGAUAAUUGGUUGGACUUAGAGCAUAUGUCCUUUGAUUGAAUAAUUGAUUUUUACUUAAAUGCCUAUUGCAACCCGAUUCUUUAGAUGUUGAAAUGGAAAGUGGAGUUGUGAGGGUUUUUCAUUAUAUUCCUUAUGUUCAUGAUUGACAUGCUACUAGCUAGCUAUAAGAUGAUGAUCUGGUUAAUAAUUAGUAGGUAGCAAUGGGAUUAUAAGUAGAAUGGAACAUAAUUGAGGGGUUUUAUAAAGGUCGUGAAGAAGAAAGAAAAUGACUGUGGCGGUUCCUCGGUUGUGUAUUUUGAUGUUUUUUUCAAUUUCUACACAUUUGCAAUGAUAUUUGUUUGUUUCAUUAGGGUGAAUUUCUCCUCAUUAAAUCCUUAACUAAAGCUUGAUUUUGACAUGAUUAUUUUCUUACCAACUACUAUUUUGAUUGGUGCAUAGAUUCAGUUCACAAAUUAGGAAUAUGCAAGAUAGAAUGAGUUGAGUUGUAUUGAAGUAUGCUCCUUUCAUUAUUUGUCUAUGUUGUUAUUCGGUAAAAAACACUAUUUUUUUUUCCUUUAGGAGAUAUGCAGCUCUCUAUAAAUUAUAAAUUGUGUUUAUAUGAAGUUUAGUUUGUUGAAAAUAUUGUUUUAAUAAAUUAGUGACAACUGAUAGUUCUGUUUGUGGUUGGUUUUGCUAGAACAUUGACAAGAUAAAUUAAUUGAGUAUCCAGAAGACUGAUGGAUGUGGAUGCUAAUGUAUUUCAUCAUUAUUCCAGAAUUGCAGGUGUAACUGACAAUACACGAUAUUCGUGAGAUCUAGAUCGGAAUAUUCUCUAUUAUCAUAUACAACAUAGGAGAAGGGAAAGAAAAUGAAAAGUUCUUCACUUAUUUUUUUUAUUAAUUGAAUCCUAUUUUCUUAUCAUAACUUCUUCGUUUUUUACCUUAAAAAUUUUAACUUCUUUAUCACUUUUUUGAGUUCGAUACAAUAUUUUAAAUCAAUAAAGAACGAUCUACAAAGAGCUCAGUUAUUACAAUUAAAUUUUUCAUAAAUAAAAAAGGUAUAAAAGUAUGAAACAUUACUUAAAUAAGGUAAGUGAGAUUUACAGUUUCAUGUAUAUUAAAUCAACAAAUAUAAAUGAUAAUAAUAAUUAUAAUACUAUAACGAAUUCUAAUAUAAUCAAAUGUAAUGCACCGCCCAACGGGCGGGUAAAAAACUAGUAUAAGAUUAGGAAUGACAAAAAUAUCUGAAACCGUGGAUAUCCAUCCGAAUUCGAUUUUAUUGGAUAGGGUAAAACUCAAAUCCAAACGAUUUUCAGUGGGUACAAGUAAACCCGAACUCGAAUAUUACGGGUAAUGGGUGUGUAUGAUUUUCUCAGUAUCGUUUGAAAUUAAUUUCCUUCAUUCAAGUGAAUUAUUGUCGUAUUUUCCACUUAUAUAAUGUGAGUGUGAAUUUUAACAUUUUGAUUUGAGUUAUAAAUAGAAAUUAUUACCCAUUGAUAACCAUGGAUAUCCGAAACCCGAACGGGUAUGGACAUUGUUUUAAGUUUCUAUCCAAUUCUUAUGUGGAUAUGGGUAAAACCCGAACGACUUUCGAUAAGGUAACGGAUAUGCACUAUCCGUCCCGCCCCGACCCAUUGCCAUCCUUUAGAUAAGAUAAGCCCACUGCGAGUUUGACUACAUGAUAUAUGGGCCGAUUACUCUAUUGUGUGGUUUCUCUUACAGUAGUUAGGCCCAUAUAAUGGAUUGGGGGCUUUUCCACAUUUCCAGUCGGAUCGGUACUGCUUCCGGACUCCUGCAAUUUUUUUUGUGUGGAAGAAAGUAGGAGGAAGAAGAAGGAGAACCAGAGGCGAGAGAGACAAUCAGCAAAACCGCUGAUUUGAACUGAUAAAACUUUCGUUAGGGUUUAUAUUGGCUUGGCAAGCGGCAAUCCCAUUGCGGAAUGGCUUCUCGCAACCAUCUCGACGAUGACGAUGACUUCGGCGGCGAUUUCAGUGGAACCCACAACGGAAGGCGUUCGGGUAAUAAGAGAAGCUUUGGGGAUCUUGAGGACGAUGAGGACGAUCUCUUUAGUUCGAAGAAGGGUAAUUCGAAGGUGGAAGAAACCGCAAUGAUUCUGUCUCUUCGUGAGAGCCUUGAUACCUGCAGGAACGAUCUUGCGACAUGCCAAACGGAGCUUGAAGCGGCAAAGUUGGAGAUUCGAAAGUGGCAUUCUGCAUUUGAGAAUUCGUCUUUCAUACCCUCAGGGGCAUCUCCCGAACCUAAACUAGUCAUCAAUUAUCUUCAGACUCUGAAAUCAGCGGAGGAGUCAUUGGAGGAACAGCUUGAGAAAGCAAAGAAAAAGGAAGCAGCCUUCAUUGUUACAUUUGCCAAACGAGAGCAGGAGAUAGCAGAAUUGAAGUCUGCAGUUCGGGACUUGAGAGCACAACUGAAGCCACCAUCAAUGCAGGCAAGGAGAUUGCUACUUGAUCCAGCAAUUCAUGAGGAAUUUACUCGCUUGAAGAAUUUGAUUGAAGAGAAGGACAAAAAGGUGAAGGAACUACAGGACAACAUUGCUGCCAUGAAUUUUACUCCACAAAGCAAGAUGGGGAAGAUGCUAAUGGCAAAGUGCAAGACUCUUCAAGAGGAAAAUGAGGAGAUUGGUGCUCAAGCAGCUGAAGGAAAGAUCCAUGAGUUGGGAAUGAAGCUUGCCUUGCAGAAAUCUCAGAAUGCUGAGCUCCGAAAUCAGUAUGAAGGCCUGUACAAACACAUCGAGGGCCUAACAGAUGAUGUUGAGAAGUCGAAUGAAAUGGUGCUCAUCUUACAAGAGAAGCUUAUGGAGAAGGAUGGGGAGAUCAACCAACUGAAGCAGAAGCUUGACCUGCAACAGAAGACCUCUGUAGAAGAACCAGAGCCACCCACCGAUUUAGCUCCAGAGAAAGCAGUUAGCAGUGAUGAACUAAUGACUCCAAAACAAGAAACUGAGGCUGAUUAAACUGUUUUGGAAGAAGAUUUUGUAGUUUGCUGGCAGUCAAAUUUUCCUUGUAUGUGCAAUGUGUACAUUAAACAUAUCUCAUUAGUCAUUAUUCUUUCCACACAUUUUUGUUCUCUGGAGUCUGGGUGAUUGAAACUGAAGGUAUCAUAAAAGUCUGCUGGUGUAAUAAGGGCUACAAAUACUC